AUGGACAGCAUAAAAACAAAACGUGAUCAUAAAGAUUCGUGUUGCAUCAAAUUGGGCAUUUUACACGAAUAUGUUCCUGAACGAAUUUUUCGACCAUCAAAUGUCCAACAAAUUAUAUCAUCAGUUGAAAGGCACGUCAGUAUACAUCAAACUACUUUCAAAUUACAACAGUACAACAGAAACGAAAUUUUAAAUAUGAGCGUUUCAAAAAAUUUUCCACAACUUCUAAGAAAUUUUUUUCUAUUGGAUGAAAUCCAGAAGGAAUUACCAAAGCACGAACAAUACGAAAAAUUGGUCAAACACCCAGAGAACGACCAACAAUUUUUUAAAAGAAUCACUAGCAAACCUUUUCUUCAAGAAUGGCAAACCAAUGAUGUGGAAUUAUUUGACCAAAAUGGUUCAAGAGUAACAUCGAUUCGUCCAAUUUUGUUUGAUUCCACUAUUGAACCAUCCCUUAGACUCCAAAAGUUUUUCCACCCCACAACAUUGCCAAAUGAGUUACACGGCAACACUUGGAUUACUUUUAAACAGUCAGAAGAAGAAGUAAAGUCAUUUAUUACAGAAGUUGAACGUCUCCAAAAUUAUACUAAGAAUAGUAAAAGCAAGGAGCGGUAUUACCUUUAUUGUGAGUAUUCGAAUCGAAACAAAAGGAAAAAUGUCAAAACUUCAAAUAAAACAAAUUGUCAACAUAAAAUAAGAGUCACUGAACUUAAAACUGGGGAAUUUGAAAUCAAAUGGGAUUUGGUACACAAUCAUGCUUUCAACCCCUUGAAACCAACCAAAUCUGCCAGAGAUUGGUUGUGGAAAUUGAUUAAUAAUCAGGUAGAUUGGUCAACUUGUAAAUUGAGAUUGAAAAAUACAGAUUUUAUGAAUCAUUACGAUGUAUUCAGUGACCAAUAUAAGAUUACAAAUAGCAUGUUUAAUUAUUUCAAAAAUAAACGUGAGCUAAAGAUAGCUUAUUUAGAUGACAAUGUUGUCACUAGUAUGAAACUAUGGGAAAAGGAACUUAACGAAAAUAAUAACAUUGCGAGUUUUAAAAAGGUGAAAAUAAAUGAUAAUGGUUUUGAUACUGAGAGUAUCGACAAUGAGUAUAUUGACGAAAAUGAUACCUGGUUUUUUGGUAUUAUAAUUAAGUCCCAAUUAUCCUAUAUGAGGGACCCGGAGACAGUAUUCUUGGACGCUACACAUAAGUUGGGAUAUGGUCCGAAUGACCAAGAUAUAUUUGUUUAUAAUUUUAUUGUUAAGAGCUCCUUAACAGGAAAAGGUACGCCUAUUGCAUUUUUGAUAACUAACAAGCAGUCACACGAGCCAUUGGCCGCUUUCCUAAAGCUAUUUGUUGAUCAUAACAUUAAAAUUAAGAGGUUCAUUAUAGACUGCCUGCCGACUGAGGUAAAAGCAAUAGAAAGGGGAUAUAAUAAUUACACUAAUGAUGCUGACAUAACAUACUGUACAUGGCAUUUACUUCGAACUUUUAGAAAAAAUGUUAAUUCUUGUGUUAAAUUAUCUGUCACAUCAUCCGAAAAUGAUCAUACCGCUCAACAAAAUCCUGAAAAUGAAGUAAUUGAUACUAACUUUUUAAUGCAGCUUGCACAAAACGCAGUGUCUUUGCAAUCCAACUUAACUACAGGAAGCUGCAUGGACGAUGUAAUUACAAAUAGAAAAAUAGCUCUUGUGGACUUAAUGGAAUUAAAGAGGAUGAAAACCUUUGAAGACGCUAAUACCAAACUAGCAGAAAUUCAAGAAAAGUAUCAUAUGUAUCCACAGUUUGUUCAAUAUGUCCUUUAUAAAUUUAACUCUUCUGGUAAGUAUUGGUUGAAUUGCCAGACGAAGUUCCACGAAUUAACCAAUAAUUAUGUGGAAGCAUUCCACAGUGUCAUAAAAACAUAUUACUUUAGCCGUAGGCGAAAGUACCGCGUGGAUAGAAUCAUCUAUAUUUUAGUGGAAAGGGUUAUCUCACAUCAGCGAGGUCAACACAUGGCAUACAACAUUAAUCCGAAUAAACGUGUUGCUGAUAAAGCAGAAAAGCUAGCGAAAAACGAAGCUAACAAUCUCCCUGCUAGUGAUAUUGAUCUGAUGGUGAGGAUAUCACCUAAUAAUAUUGAAGUUAAAUCAUUUACAAGCUCGUGUUUCUACAAAAUAGAGAAAAAUUCUUUAAACAUUCAUUACUGCAGUUGUCCAAGUUUCCAAGGGUCAAUUGAUUGGUGUAAACAUUUAUUUUUAUAUUUAAGAGUAAGAAGAAAGAAUGGAAAUAAUAUUGCACUAGUGCAAGAAGAAGAAGAAGAAGAGGAAGAAAAUAUGGAUAUCAACGUUCCUUUAAAUUAUAAUGGUAAAAAUGAUACAGUCAUUGGCGAUGAUGAAUAUCUAAUAGAGCGAAUGGAUAGUUUAGAUGUGGAAAGUGGUGAAUUUGAAGAGGAGGAUGGCACAAUCAUGGAUGAUUAUUCCCAACCGGAAAUACCACCGAUGAGUCCACCACCGACGAGUGUACCAACAUAUGAUACACAAGAAAAUAUAAAUAUUGAAACAUUGAAUCCUGCUAACAGAGAAGAAAAUGAAGAAAAUGAGUAUACAGUAGAUGAUCCGGAUACUGUGAGCUUGUUUCAACUUCCAGAAUCACAAAUCAGUUAUACUGACACUCAAAUAGCCGUCUCCCUGAUUCAACAACCACCUAAUUUGACCAACCAAGAUGAAAACAGAACUAAUGAGGUAUCCAACGAAGAAUUUGAUCGAUUAUUUAAAAAAUGUGGUAAGGGUAUUAGUAAUCAUAGUAAAAAACGCCCGUCUUUAGAGAAAAAGUACGAUAACGCAAUAAAGACGCUCAAAAGAAUCAAAGCCGAUAUAGGGAAACAGAAAAAGAAAGAUGAUGAUAUCCUGCAACGAUGGACUGAGAUUCAAGAAAUCUACACAAGGGUCAUAAAUACUGAGUUAUCGGAGGAAGAGAGACAGGAUAAACUAGAAGAAAUGAAGCAGUUCUAUUAUUCAUUGCUACCAAAUAGCAAUAGGCGACAACUGAGAUACUGA